AUGGCUUCCUUCAGAACUCUGUUUGCAUGUUUUGCUUUCAUGUUCUUGUUCACAUUCUCAGAAUCCAGAGAAUUUCUGCUUGGUGGCAAAGAAAACUCAUGGAAAAUCCCAUCAUCUCCCGAUGAUUUCAACAAAUGGGCAGGGAAAAUCCGGUUCUUGAUCGGCGAUUCUCUCGUUUUGACGUAUGAUGCCAAGGCUGAUUCUGUGCUGCAAGUGAGUGAGGAUGACUACAAAAGCUGCAACAAAGCGAAAACCAUCAAAUCAUACAACGACGGCCACACCAAGAUCGAACUGGACCGAUCAGGGCCGUUCUUUUUCAUCAGUGGAGCUGAGGGGCACUGUGAGAAAGGCCAGAAGCUGGAGGUGAAGGUGUUGUCUGCAAAGCAUGGCUUGAAGGGUACUCCUCCGGUGGCUUCUCAGGCUCCGGCACCUGCGCCAGCUGUCUCUGAGCCGGAAUUUAAUGCUCCGGCACCUGCUCCCAACAGUGGUGUCAUGGUUAGGGCUACAAGUCUUGGUCUGGUCUUGGGAAGUUUGGUUGGGUUGGCUUUGGUUUAG